AUGAUCCUCACGGGAAAGCCGGACGUGUUCGGGAUUUCGUUGGUUCUCGCGGUCAAUUUUACUCUCGAUCAAAGUGCUUCUUGUCAGCUCAUCCUGUCCGUACUGGUGCUUCCGACCUUGCUCCUGGUUAGUGCGAAACCGGAUGGAUACGCGCACUCUUUCCAGCACUUUCACGGGCCGGUGAUGGGCGACGACCACGGAAUCAACUGGAUGGACAGUCACGGGCGUCACCAUGAGGACUACGUCGCUCAUCCGCAUUAUGCCUUCUCGUAUGGAGUCGAGGACCGCCAUACGGGCGAUUAUCACGGUCAAAAGGAACACAGGGACGGUACGGAAGUGUUCGGCGAGUACACCGUGAUGGAACCAGAUGGCAACAUCAGAACGGUGAAGUAUCGCGCGGGUAAAGACGGAUUUCACGCCCAAGUGCACAACAGCCACCAAAGCGGUCAUCACGAUGCUCCUUCUCACCAUCAUCAUCAUCAUCCUCACGAAUAUCAUUAGCACGCGCGACCAAGUGCCACGUUCCCACGUCGAAGACGAAGUACGAUGGGGAUACUUUAUUGUUAUAUCGCGAUAAUCUUUGUUCUGCAAUUGCAGGUGUCUCG